UAGCGAGCGCGCCGCGCGGCGUGAGCCGAGGACGGUGCGGGGGCACAUGGAGGUCAGCGGCGGCUCCCGCGGCUGCUGCCAGGAGGGGAGGCCCGGGCACCUGCCGUGCGCCGGCCGCGGGGUCGCCCCGCGGAGCGAGACGGUCCGAGCGGCUGGAGGCCGCAGCAGCGGGAUGUGCGACGGAGCCUGGGAGGAGCUGACGUGUCGCCUGGGCGUGGAGGCAUGAAGGGUGAUUUCCUGGGGCUGUGGAACCACCUGCUAGCCGUCUUACCUGCCGGCCCCUGCCCCCAGCCCCCGGCCGCCAUGGCAGCCCGCCUAGUGAAGCGAUGCGCUUGCCUCCUAAGGGAGGCCACCCUUGUGCCCCCUGCCGCGGCUCCUGCCGUGGCUCCCGUGGGUCGACUAAGACUUGCCCAGGUCGGCCGCAGGACUCUGACCUCAGCUACCUCGCCCGGUUCGCACUUCCCACGUUCCUUGUCAGGGCUCCUAGAGAAGGAGCGCGUGUUCAGCGCCAGGCCGCAGCAGCAGGAGGUGGACCGGCUCAUCGAGAAGGCCACCCGGCCAGAGGAGCUCCUGGAGCUGCUCGGUGGUGGUCACCGCCUGCACGAGAACCACGCAGCCCUCGUGCUCAUCCAGCUCUCCCGCCUGCUCUCCGACAGGCCGGAACACAAGGCCUCACUCGUGCGGGAUGCCCGCUUUCAGCAGCUUCUCCAGCUUGUCAGCAGCCAGAUAGCCUCAGUGUGGCACGGGCCCCUCGUGAGGCUGCUCCGGAGCCUCUACGCGCUGGCGCUGCCCGCGGCCUGCAAGCAGCUGCUGUCGGUGGAGCAGGAGGUGCGCUGGCGCCUGCGCAGGCUCCGGUACAAGCACCUGGCCUUCCUGGCGGAGUCCAGCACCGCCUACAUGCAGCAGCGGGGCUCCCAGGAGCUGCUGGCCGAGCUGCUUGUGAGCCUGGAGCGGCGCUGGGCAGAGAUUGAGGACAGCCGCAUGGUGGUGGCCCUGAUGGCGAAGGCGGGGCCCCUCUCGGAGCCACUGAUGAACCGCCUGGAGGACAAGUGCUUGGAGCUGGCGGAACAGUUUGGGCCCGAGGAGCUGCGGAGGGUGCUGGUGACGCUGGCCGCUCAGAACCGGCGGUCGGUGCCCUUGCUGCGAGCCGUCUCCUAUCACCUGGUCCAGAAGCCCUUCCCCCUGACGAAAGGCAUCCUCUUGGACCUGGCGUACGCCUACGGCAAACUCGGCUUUCAGCAGACGCAGGUGUUGCGGCGCCUGGCUGCCGACCUGCUGCCCCACGUGCCCAGCCUGGCGUCCGGCGAGGUGGCCCGCUGCGCCAAGUCAUUCGCCCUCCUCAAGUGGCUCAGUGGGCCUCUGUUCGAGGCCUUCGCCCAGCACGUCUUGGACAGAGCCCAGACCGUCCCGGUGCCGCACCUGUGCAAUGUGCUUCUGGCCUUCGCGCACCUCAACUUCCGUCCGGAGUGUCCGGAACAGGAGGAUCAGUUCUUCAGCCUGGUUCACGAGAAGCUGGACUCCGAGCUGACGGGGCUGCACCCGGCCCUGCAGGUGGACGUGGUGUGGGCGCUGUGCGUGCUGCGGCAGGCGCGGGAGGCAGAGCUGCGGGCCGUGCUGCGCCCUGAGCUGCACAGCCAGUUUCUAGAGGCCAAAUCCCCGAAAGACCAGGGCACCUUCAGGAAGCUGCUGCACGUGAACGCCAGCGCGCGGCUGGAGCACCCCGGGUACGCGGGCCCGUGUCUGCCAGCCGCGGCCCUGCUCCCCCGGCUGUCCGCCCUCGACGGGAAGGUGACCCCCUUGCAGAAGGAGCUGCAGGACACGCUGAAGGGGCUGCUGGGGAGCAGCGACAGGGGCAGCUUCGCGGUGCCCACCCAGUACGGCUGGAUCCUGGACGCUGAGGUGCUGCUGGACCCCGACGGCCAGUUCCUGCCCCUCAGGAACUUUGUGGCCCCUCAUCUCGCCCCACCAUCCGGGAGCCAGCCGCUGCCCCCCGGAGCCAAGAGGCUGGCCUUCCUGCGCUGGGAGUUCCCCAGCUACGGCAGCCGGAGCCGAGACCUGCUGGGGCGCUUCGCGCUGGCCCGGCGCCACGUGCAGGCCGCUGGCUUCCUGGUGGUGGACGUCCCGUACUACGAGUGGCUGGAUCUCAAGUCCGAGUGGCAGAAAGGCGCCUACCUGAAGGACAAGAUGCGAAAAGCUGUGGCAGAGGAGCUGGCCAAGUGAUGUGUCCCGAGCCGUGGACUGUGCUUGCGGGGGGCCGGGCUCUCCGAGGCCUGGCCGGGGCCACUGGACACUCGUGCGUGGGCGAGCUUGCCCAGAGGGCGUGCUGUCCUGCAGCGCCUGCCUCUUAUGGGCAAUAAACCUGGGAUUUCAGCUUUCAACACCAGGAGACGUCCCAGGUUUUGUUGCCUUCGCUGCCCUCUGCCCUGCGUUGGGCACUACUGGCCUGUCCCCACCUCUGCCUGCCCGGGGGGCCCGUCGGCGCACAUGCAGCUGCCUGUUGCACACGCCGUGCAUCUCCGCAGGUGGAGCCUGACGCCUCCGGCCCUGGGGCCGUGAGGACCUUCCCAGGCAGGCCCUGGGUGUGGGGACGCGGCUCGGGGUUCUGCUGGUGGUGUAGGUGCUGAGCACAGUCGUCCUGGGAGUUUCUCUCCUGCCUGGGGUGUCGGGAGAGUGUGGGUGUCCUGAGAAGCCAAGCUGAUAGGAGGUGCUGGGUCUGGAGCAGAACCAGGGCUCGGCAGACACAGCAGGUCUCGUGACCCCUCCCCGCCCGUCCGGGCCAGAGGUUCCUGGGAUCACAGGCCUGUGCGCCCCAAGCCUCCUUUCCCACUGCAGCAGUAGUGCCACUAGAUGCUGGAAAGAACAGUUCGUCCCUGGUGCCUCUGGGGUGGAGGGAGCUGGGGAGAGAAAGGCCACCUCCACCCUGGGUCCCAAGGCCAGCCGUUCCGCACACCUUCAGAGAACUCGCAGCUCACACAGGCACGGGAGUGGACACGUUUGCCCAGGGGGUGGCUGUCCCUCACUAGGUGGGAGGGGGCGGCGACAGUGGCCCGGGCAAGAGACCUGCCAUAGCGAAGGACUGGCAUGGGCGAGCGCCAGGUGCAGAUCGGCUCAGGAGGGCCUCGAGCGGCCCCCUGAGGACCUGUGAGCCUGUCCUGGGCACUGCUCGGGCCUACCUGCCUCCAUGGGACACACACGAGUCCCCUUGUGCUCGUGAGAAGGGACGUGGUAGCUGUGUGCUCCCGGUUUCCUCAGCGGUGACCUCUCAUGGCACUGGCGGGUGUCCCACCAAGAUAACUGACAGGGAUGGGAGUCCCCAAGUAGGACGGCUCCUCGGCACGAGAACCCCUGUGCCUUCUACACCCGCACCUCCCUUUUGCCAGCUGCCACCCCCGUUUUCUCCAUGUCUCCCCUGCCCUCAGAGCUUCUGUAGAGGAAUCUGACUGCGUGGCCCUCGGGUCGGAUCUGCACCAGUUCCUUACGGGUGGCUCUCAUGCGGGUGUCCAUACUGGCCCUUCCCUGCCCCUGCGGUUGGAUGGCUCGGCCCCACUCUCGAGGAUAGUGCAAACCCCAGUUCUCGGAUAAAUGCCCAGGAGCACGGCUGGCACUGUGCUGGCCUAUGUUCCCACCAGCAGAGUGAGGAGCCCUUUUGUUCUUUGUGUCCUUGCCAUGUGGUGUCGUCCUAGAUGGCUCAGAUUCUAGAAGAUGGGGCAUCGCCCCGGUAGCUCGUGCUGGGGAGCACUUCAUUCUGGCCAUCCAGGGGGCGUGCGUCAGGGCCCUGCCAUCUCAGUGUUCCCACAGCGACCAGUGUUCUCUCCAUCUUUGCGUGUCCUUACUCCAUUUGUAUCGUCUUUGGAGAAAUAACUUCAGUUCUGCAUCUCGUUUUUAAUCACGUGACCUUAGUUGUAAGAGGAUGUUCUGGAAACCAGUCACUUACUGGAUGAAGGAUUUGCAAAUGCUUACUCCCGUUUUGUGGGUUUUCACUUACUUGAUGGUGUCCUUGAACCAACCUGUGAAGGUCACUAUCUUUUUUUUCUUUUGCAUGUGCUUCGUGGGGGUCAUAUCCAAAAAUCCUUGGUUUGGUGAAUCUAGAUCAUGAAAAUACACCCAUUUUCUUCUAAGAAUUUUAUAACUGUGCUCUUAA